AUGAAGAUUCCCGCUGUUCUUCUUUCAAUUGCUCUGGCUGGCAGCGCCGUUGCCCAGCUCGACGGCCUGCCCUCAUGCGCCCAAAGUUGUGCUAACCAGUACCUCACUGGUGGCAUUCCGGGCUGCGGCACUGCAGAUGUCCAGUGCAUCUGCGGCAACAGCGGGUUCAUUAGUGGCAUUGCCUGCUGCCUCGCUGGAGUUUGCGAUGCAGCCGAUCAGACUUCAGCUGUUGCAUUUGCGUCGGGGAUUUGCGGCGCGGCCGGCGUGUCCGUGCCAAGCGCGGUCACCUGUACCAGCACGACGUCGUCGUCCGGCCCGGCCGAUACCUCAGCCACGACUACCGCCACCGGCACUGACUCAACCACUUCCGCUCCGCCUGCCUCUACCACUACGGGCACCGCCACCGGUGCCUCGAACCCCACUUCCACCAGCCAGAGCUCCAACUUCGGCCCGAGACCUACCGCCGCGGCCGGCCUCGGUGCCAUUGGCGGCAUCAUGGCGGCUGUCGCCCUCCUCUGA